AAAGGGGUAUGAAGGUAGUGUUCAUUCCCAUCAAUUCAUUUCACUCUUGUUCCUCUCCCUCCUAACCCUUGGGAGGGACAUUUUAUCCCAACAAAGGAAUAUCAUCAAUAUUCCUUACUAAUAUCUAUCAUCCCUACCUGGGUUAAAGUUAGAAAAUAAAUUAUGGGUCCCACCUCAGAUGAAGAUUACGAUUAUCUAUUUAAAGUAGUACUAAUAGGGGAUUCUGCGGUGGGAAAAUCCAAUUUACUUUCACGUUUCACACAUAAUGAGUUCAAUCAAGACUCCAAAUCCACUAUUGGAGUCGAAUUCGCCACUCGCACCAUUGAAGUCGACAAAAAGGUCAUUAAAGCUCAAAUAUGGGACACCGCCGGUCAAGAAAGGUAUCGUGCAAUAACGAGCGCAUAUUAUCGGGGAGCCCUCGGAGCUUUACUGGUUUACGAUAUGACGCGGCGGGUAACAUUUGAGAGUUUGGUACGGUGGCUAAAGGAGCUCCGGGAACACACCGAUCAACACAUCGUCCUCAUGUUGGUCGGAAACAAGGCAGAUCUCCGUCACCUGCGGGCCGUUACGACCGACGAUUCAAAGGUGUUUGCGGAGAGGGAGAACACGUUCUUCAUGGAAACGUCAGCUCUCGAGGCAAUUAACGUAGAAAAUGCCUUCUCCGAGGUGCUUUCUCAGAUAUACCGAAUGAUUAGCCGAAGAGCCCUCGACGCCGGCGGCAGUAAUCCGGCCAAUUUGCCCAAGGGACAAAUCAUCAACGUUGGGAACAAGGACGACGUCUCUGCUGUCAAGCGGGGUCGGUGCUGUGCUUGAAAUGAGAGGACAAGAGCCAACCAAAAUGUAUAAUGCAGAAAUGUAAAAUGUAAAAUGAAACAUCGUACAAUGAAACAUUAUUUUUAUUGUACCAAA